AUGCCUCCACCACGAAAACCCGCGACAGGAGCGGCCUCAAAGGAGGAAAACAUUUACAUCCCCUCUUUCAUCAGCAAGCGGCCGUUCUAUGCAGGCGAAGAAGGAGAUGACAAUGACUACCUGAAGCAUCAGCGCCGGGAGGAGAAGAACGAGAAGUCGCAGUGGUACGACCGCGGGAAGAAGGCUGGGCCGGCCGCGACGAAAUACCGCAAGGGCGCAUGCGAGAACUGCGGCUCAAUGACGCACAAGGUCAAAGACUGUCUAAGCCGACCUAGAGCCAAGGGGGCCAAGUGGACGGGCAAGGAUAUUCAGGCAGACGAAAUCGUUCAAGAUGUCAAGCUGGGUUGGGAUGCAAAACGAGAUCGCUGGAACGGAUACGACGCCAGAGAGUAUCGCAAAGUGAUUGAUGACUAUAACCAGAUGGAGGAGCUUCGAAAAAAGGCGAAGACCAAUUCCAAUGGCGAAGAGGAUGAGGAAGAGAAAGAUGACGGUGACAAGUACGCUGAAGAAAAUGACAUGAGCAAGCACCAGAGUACGGCAACGAGGCAGCUUAGGAUACGAGAAGACACAGCCAAGUAUCUUCUGAAUCUCGACCUCGAGUCCGCAAAGUACGAUCCUAAAACCAGAGCCCUGGUCAACUCCGGCGCAACAGCGGACAAGGCGGCCGACGUGUUUGCCGAGGAGGGUUUCAUGCGAUCCUCUGGCGACGCUGGCGAAUUUGAAAAGGCGCAGCGCUAUGCGUGGGAAGUUCAGGAGAAAAGCGGCGAUACCUCGCAGCACCUGCAGGCUAACCCGACAGCCGGUGCCUUUUAUCGAAAGAAGCAAGCAGAAGAAGCCGAGAGAAGGCGCCUGGAACGGGAACAGCAGCUGUUGGACAAAUACGGCGGCGAGGGACAGAAAGUCAUGCCUGCUGCGCUGCGCAAUCUGGCCAUGUCAGAGUCUGAAACGUUUGUCGAAUACGAUGAGGCUGGCCUGAUCAAAGGUGCACCGCUGAGAGGUGCAAAGUCCAAAUACGCAGAGGACGUUCUGAUCAACAACCAUACCUCGGUCUGGGGUAGCUGGUGGUCAAACUUCAAAUGGGGCUACGCAUGUUGUCAUUCGUUCAUCAAGAACAGCUAUUGUACUGGCGAGGAGGGCAAGGUAGCUUGGGAGGCUGCCGAGCGUCAACGAUACGCUGCCCCUGCCUUGGAACAGGGAGCUGAACCGAUAUCUGCGGGAACCGAAGAGGCCGAGUCAACAGCGGACCCCCAGACAGCAAGGUCCAAGAAGCGUACGCAAGCGGACAUGAAUGGGAUGGGAGUUUCGGAGGCUGAGAUGGAUGAAUAUCGUCGAAAGAGAACCGUCGCUCAAGAUCCAAUGGCAAAGCUACUCGGCACAGAUGAGCUCAUGGGUCAAGAAUAG